ACGUGAUUUGCUAAUCCACGUGGCCCUUCACCGUGCCACACUCCACUUCGGGUCGCUUGGUAUUACUUGCGUAGGUCGACGCUCUGACUUGCGCCUGUAGCUCACAAACGUCAGCAUCACCACCACAUCCAAGCUUCUCGCUCAGGCUACCACCUCUUUCAGGAUGUCGCAUCUUCCGCAAUGGGCGCCCAAGGCGGGCAGGGCUGACGUCCGUCACCUGACCAAGGUGUACAACGCGCAAGAGAUGCCAGCGCACACUCGGCUGAAGUUCAGGACAGCAGGUCAAGGGUACGCUUCGGGUAGCGGUACGACGGGCGAUGUUCAGACGGAUGCAGCCAAAAGGCGAGACUUGAAGCUGGAGUUGGAAAGAGCAGAGAGGCAGGCGAGGGACAAGAAGCGAAAGGAUGCUGGAGAAUUGGAUCAGGACGAGCAGGAGGUGGAGGGGCAGAGGGGGCAAGCUGAAAGUCCAAUGGCAAUCGAGCAGCUUGCCAACAAUAACCAAGAGGCCGCAAAGCGUCGCAAGAUGGUAGAAGCUGCUGCUACCCUGGAGCGCGCAGACAGUGAUUCAGAGAGUGCGGCUGAGGCGGAUGAGAAUGGCAAGGGCAAAGAUGGAAGCGACUCGUCCAACUCUGACUCGGACUCGGACUCUGACUCUGACUCUGAUGAGGAGGACGAGACGGCUGCGCUCAUGCGAGAACUGGAAAAGAUCAAGCGCGAACGGGCAGAGGAAAAGGCCCGACUAGAGGCGGAGAAGAAUGCUGCUGCUCAGGAUGCGAGGGAGGAUGAAAUUGCGCUGGGCAAUCCAUUGCUCAAUUUAGAGAACGCAAUGAAAGGAGGAGGCGCAAGCAAGGCAAGCAGCGCGCAACCCAGCUUUGGCGUCAAGAGGAGGUGGGACGACGAUGUCAUCUUCAAGAAUCAAGCUGCUGGUAACGACGGCGGCGACAAGAGCAGCUUUGUCAACGAUCUCACUCGCUCCGAGUUUCACAAAAAGUUUUUGAAUAGAUACAUUCGAUGAUCACGCA